UUCUUCAUUCACCGCUCUCUCUCUCUCUCAUUUUCUCUCUCUACAGAAACGUUUUUUCCCUUUUGGAGAACUUUGUUCGAGAGAUAAUGCAGAGGAUGGAAGCUGCGGUUUUCGCCAUCGAAGUUAGUUGAAGCUUAAGCUCCCAGCUGAUUGUAAUUGGUGCCUAAGAUCUGUCAUAUUACUAGUCAAGGUACCUGGUUUGAGCUAUAGCUGUACUAUGGGGAACARUGAACAGGCAAAGUCUGUGAAGUCUGAAAAACCAUCUUCACCAACGCCGGACCAGAAAAACAUGUCAAAUUCAGCCAGUAUUCAYGUUUAUCCUGAGUGGGCAGCCAUGCAGGCAUAUUAUGGUCCUGGAGUCACAGUUCCACCAUACUACAACUCAGCAGCAGUAGCUUCAGGUCAUGCUCCUCACCCUUACAUGUGGGGCCCACCACAGAUGAUUCCUCCUUAUGGCACUCCCUAUGCAGCAAUCUAUUCUCAUGGAGGUGUUUAUGCACAUCCUGCUGUUUCUAUAGGACCCCAUUCACAUGGCCCUGGUGUUACCUCAUCGCCUGCUACUGCUGUAACUCCUUUGAGCAUUGAAACACCUUCAAAGGUGUCUGGAAAUGGUAGUCAAGGUUUAAUGAAGAAACUGAAAGGUUUUGAUGGCCUGGCAAUGUCUAUAGGCAAUGCUCGUACUGAGAGUGCUGAUGGGGGAGUUGAACRCGGGCCAUCAGAGAGUAUGGAGACUGAAGGUUCCAGUGAUGGAAGCGAUGGAACUACUGCUGGGGCAAAUCAAACCAAAAGGAAAAGAAGCCGCGAAGGAACACCUACCACUGGUAAGGAUGCAAAAGUUGAGUCACAGGCAAGUCCAGUUAGUGCUGCUGAGGUGAAUGAAGGCUCUAAAAAGUUAUUGGGCGCUACCAAAGCAGCUGAUGUGACUGGAAAACUUGUUGGAUCUGUAAUUUCUCCUGGAAUGUCUACAGCAUUGGAACUGAUGAAUCCUUCUAGUAUAAACGCCAUGACAAGUCCAACCAGCGUUCCCCAGCCUUGUCCAGUAUUGCCUUCUGAAGCCUGGCUACAGAAUGAAAAAGAACUAAAGCGGGAGAGGAGAAAACAGUCGAAUAGAGAAUCAGCUAGGAGGUCGAGGUUGAGGAAGCAGGCUGAGACUGAAGAACUAUCCCGAAAAGUCGAAUCUCUGACUGCAGAGAAUGUCGCUAUUCGAUCUGAAAUAGGUAGAUUGUCAGAGAAUUCCGAGAAACUUAAGCAUGAAAACGCUACAUUGAUGGAGAAGCUUAAAAGCGCUCAAUCAGGACGAACAGAAGCACUAAACAUGAAUGAGAAGAGGAUUCAACAAUCUGUAAGCACAGAAAUCAAAGCACCUGUGAAUAAAAGCAUUAAGGAAGAGGGUAACAUCUGCAAGAAGAACUCGAGUUCGGGUGCCAAGCUGCGCCAACUCUUGGACACGAGUCCAAGGGCCGAUGCAGUCGCUGCCAGCUAAAAGAACCAGUUUAACUGCAGUUUCUUUUUCAUGUGGUUUUGGCAUUAUUACAAGCCCAAAAUUACUGCUAACAAAAAGAACAAAAAAAAAAAAAAAAAACAUUACAAAGAAUGAAAACAGCUGAAUAGGAUUGUGUCUGUGAGAAGAGCAGACUCUAAUUUUAAUGGUUAGUGUUUCCUGAAUAGAUGUAUUAUGUGUAACUAUAAAGUAUAUUUGGGGUUGGCCAACGCAACUGUUACUGCAAUGGAAAUGAUGUAAUUGUUGGAGAUUAGAGAUUUUUAGCUUUAGAUCUCUAUGCGCAACUCGUGCCAGAUGAUUUCAUCAAUUGGUGGGGUUUGAAGUUGAACCCUUUUCAUGUAUUGUCAAUGAAAAACUGAAACUUUUAGCUGUGUGGAGACUAGAGAAUCUGUUUGUGA